AUGUGUCUAACUUUGAAAAUCCAAUAAAAAUGCUUGCAAAAAUUAAUAAUGGGCAAAGUAAGAAAAUCAAUAGAAAUUUUAAAAGAAAACUGCAAAUUUAUAAAUUUCAGUAACGCAUUUCAUACAGUAAAUAGGAGAUUAAAUUUCAAAAUAUUAGAAUAGAAAUCAAUUCUGGAUAAGUAAGAAGUUGAUUUCCUUUAAGCUCUGCAUAAAAAUCUGCAUUAUUUACACCUAUUAAAUAAUAAUACUGUAUAUUUUGCAAAAAUUAUUCCCCAAGGAUCACUUCUAUCUUGCUGUUCAAUAUUUAUCUUGA